AUGGAGUUCUCCGGAGAAGUCGGAGAGGCAACCCAUGUCAUAGACAUGACCACCAGUGAAAGGGUGGUGGAUCUUUUGAACCAGGCUGCCUUGAUACCCACAGAUGAAAAGCUGGCAGUACUUAAACAGGUACAGGAGCUUAUCAUCAACAAAGAUCCUUCUCUCCUUGACAAUUUUCUAGACGAGAUGAUUGCCUUUCAGACAGACAAAUCAAUCGAAGUGAAAAAGUUCGUCAUCGGCUUUAUCGAGGAAGCAUGUAAACGAGACAAUGAGUUACUCCUCCGGCUAAUCGCAAACUUGAACAUGUUGCUCAAGGAUGAAAGUGUCAACGUGGUGAAGAAAGCUAUUCUCACCCUCACCCAAAUGUACAAAAUUACUCUACAGUGGCUGGUGAGAGCCAAAACUGUGUCGGACAUGCAAGAGGCCUGCUGGGAGAUGGUGACGCAGAUGAAAGGCGACGUCCUGGCGCUACUGGACUCCGAGAAUGACGGCGUCCGUACUCACGCCAUCAAAUUCACUGAGUCACUCAUCGUCACCCUGUCACCCCGUGUAGCUGACUCGGACGUACCCAAGAGGCAGGAGAGCGACAUCACCCUGGACAAAGUACCUCAAGACCACCCGUACAUCCGCUACGGUGUUCUGUGUGAGGAGGGAAAGUUGGCGCUGGACAAGCUGCUGAAGUUUAUGGUCCAUCCUGCCAUUUCCAGCAUUAAUCUGACCACUGCACUGGGCUCGUUAGCCACCAUUGCCCGCCAGAGGCCCAUGUUUAUGUCCAAGGUGGUACAGGCAUAUGAGACUUUACAUGCCAAUCUUCCACCCACCUUGGCCAAGUCCCAGGUGAGCAGUGUGCGAAAGAACCUCAAGCUCCACCUGGUGGCUGUGCUCAAGCAUCCAUGCAGUCUGGAGUUCCAGGGCCAGAUCAGCACAUUGCUGCUGGAUUUGGGAAUGCCCCAGAGCGAGAUCACACGCUCCACGCCGGCACUGAGGGAGCAGCGCAAGAGGCCGCGCCACGAGCAGUACACGGAAGGGAAAAAGGUCAAGAUGGAGCCAACACUGAUUGAAGACGACGAGGACAAGGAAGAGCCUGCCCCUAUUUCGGCUCCCAAGCCAGCUCCAGUUCCAGUUGCACAGUCUGCUAUUGACCUCACCGCCGACUUCUUGCGCCCACUGCUCAAUGCUGACAAUGUCGCCAAUCUGGUGUUAAUCAGCAUGGUGUAUCUGCCCGACACCAUGCCGGCAUCCUUCCAAGCCACAUACACACCAGUGGAGUCGGCAGGCACCGAUGCCCAGAUCAAACAUUUGGCGAGGUUGAUGGCCACGCAAAUGACUGCUGCUGGCAUCGGUCCAGGACUAGAGCAGUGCAAAGCAAAAGAGGUGGCCAGUGAGGACGCAUUUGAUUACGACGCAGGGUCCAACCAGUUCAUCAAGCGUAAAGUACCCGUUAUGGUGGGCCAGGCCAUCUCCGUGUUGGGUUACUCUGAAAAAGAGAAGCCUCGCACUACUAUCAAGAGGCUUCCCGAGCCUAUCAUUCCAUCGGUGCAAACCAAAUUGGCAGGGUCGACCGGGAGAAAGAAAAUCUUCAGACUGUCAGAUGUAGUCCAGCCUUUAUCAGACACACAGAUAGAGCAGUUAACCUCCAAGACCAUCAAACGCAUCCUUCACUCUGAGAAGACAAUCACUCAAAGUGGCUUGUCCCAUGUCCGAAUUAAGCUCCUCUCUAAGCUAGUCACGCAGUUCGAGGGCAUCAUGAAGGAGGACGUGCUGCAUUUCAUUUUGGAAGACAUCCGAACUAGGAGCGAGCUGGCCUUUUCGCUCCUCUAUCAAGAGUACAACACCUACCUCAGCCAGCUUCCAUCAGGACUGCUGGACAGCUACGACCAGUGUUUGUACACGCUGCUGUCCGGUCUGCAGGAGAGGCCUGAGCAGAAAGAUGGACUCUUCACCAAACUGGUACUGGAGGCUCCCAUCAUCACAGAGUCAGCAUUGGAAGUAAUCCGACGUUACUGUGAGGAUGAGUCGCGUGUGUACUUAGGCAUGACUACGCUGAAGGAGCUCAUCAUCAAAAGGCCUUCUAGGCAAUUCCAGUACCUUCACGUGCUCUUGGAUCUCAGCUCUCAUGAAAAAGAGAAGGUACGAUCAACCGCCCUGGCUUUUCUGAAGCGCAUGUACGACAAAGACCACCUCCGCGACUACAUUGAGAGGUUUGCUUUGAACUACAUGCAACUUCUGGUCCACCCCAACCCCCCGUCUCUUCUCUUUGGUGCCGACAAAGAUACAGAGGUUGCGUCACCUUGGACCGAAGAGACUGUGCGUCAGUGUCUGUUCCUCUACUUGUCUUUGUUGCCCUUGAACCACAAGCUGGUGCACGAGUUGGCAUCCGUCUACACUGAGGCCAUCGCAGACAUCAAGCGCAGCGUGCUCCGAGCUAUAGAACUCCCUAUCCGUGGAAUGGGCAUGAACUCUCCUGAGCUUUUGCUUCUGGUUGAAAACUGCCCAAAGGGUGCGGAGACACUCGUUACCCGGUGUCUUCACAUUUUGACAGAUAAAGUGCCUCCUUCUCCAGAGCUGGUAGAGAGGGUCCGAGACCUCUACCAUAAACGCGUGCCGGAUGUUCGCUUCCUCAUCCCAGUCAUCAAUGGGCUAGAAAAGGCUGAAGUCAUCCAGGCUCUUCCAAAGCUGAUCAAACUCAACCCCAUUGUUGUCAAGGAGGUGUUCAAUCGACUCUUGGGAACCCAGCACAGUGAGGGAAGCUCUUCGGUAUCCCCUCUGACGCCAGGAGAUCUGCUGAUAGCUUUGCACAACAUCGACUCCACCAAAUGUGAUAUGAAGUCCAUCAUUAAAGCAACCAACUUGUGCUUUGGCGAGAAGAACGUGUACACAUCCGAGGUUCUGGCGGUGGUGAUGCAGCAGCUGAUGGAGCUGAACCCUCUCCCCAUGCUCCUCAUGAGGACCGUCAUCCAGUCGCUCACUAUGUACCCGCGACUCUGCGGCUUCGUCAUGAACAUCCUCUCCAGGCUCAUCAUCAAACAGGUGUGGCGAUACCCCAAGGUGUGGGAAGGCUUCGUCAAAUGCUGUCAGAGGACCAAACCUCAGUCAUACAGUGUCCUACUGCAGCUGCCUCACAGCCAGCUAUCCAGUGUCUUUGAACGCUGCCCGGAGAUGAGGGAACCCCUGCUGCACCAUGUCCGAUCCUUCACACCACACCAGCAAGCUCACAUCCCAGCGUCCAUCAUGGCUGUCCUGGAAGCCACUAAAAAAGUUGAAGCCAAACCGGUCGAGCCCGUGAAGAAAGAGAUACCUCAAAUUGAGAAACUUCCUGUCCUGGCAAAGCCUGUCAUAGUGGAAGAAGAGCCACAACCUCAACCACAAGCACGGGAUCAAGAACCAGAUACUGUCACAAUUAAUGAUAAAGAAGAGAAGGAUGAGCCUAUGGAGCAGGAACAAGCAGAUCCAGUGAGACACCAGGAGAUUGUCAAUACCCCGUCAGAGGUGGAGUUGGCAAGAUCUGAUGGAACACCAACACCUGAACCUGAGGCGGCUGAAGAGCCAAUGGAGACGGCUGAAUUGGAACCGUCACAAACCCAAGAAACGCAUCAAAACGACGAGAAUGAAAACUUGGCUCAGGACGUUGGGGGUAACUGUGAAGAAGCGGAAUAA